UAGAUGGAAGAGUAUAAUCGAAGCUUUUGUUAAUAAAGUUACACCUCGGUUUGUAGUUUUUGACGAAGAACAUAAGAACAAGAUGGCGACCUCAACUUUGGAAUCAAAACCUUCUUUCGACAUUUCUCAGUGCCACCAUACACCCUUUUACUGUGAGGAGAAUGUAUACUUGCUUGGCAAGAAACUGUGUAAAGAUGGGAUAGCAGAGGCAGAUGGCUCUGAUCUUUUUGUCGUUUUUAUCUCCAACGAGAAGAAACAGGUUCCUUUAUGGCGUCAAAGGGCCAGUAACAGAGCAGAUGGAGCUGUUCUAUGGGAUUAUCAUGUCAUCUGCGUACAGAGAAAAAAAGGAGGUGGCUCUGCUCCCUUAGUGUGGGAUUUAGACUCUAGUCUUUCAUUACCUUCUCCUUUAGCAACCUAUGUUUCAGAAACUGUUCGGCCAUCAUUUUCGCUCUUUUCUGAGUAUCAAAGAUUUUUCCGGAUUGUGCACGCUCCAAUAUUUCUUGUUGGCUUUGCAUCUGAUAGAAGACAUAUGAAAGAUUCUGCUGGAAACUGGUCUGCUGAACCCCCUACUUAUGAUCCCAUUGUUGCCCAAGAUGGAACUGUGCACAACCUAAAUGAAUACAUGGAAAUCCACCUUUCCGACGCGUUGAAAACAGUAGAAGCUGAUUCGGUGGGUGCAGUUUUCACUGAGAAACUUGGAGUGGUUAUUGGUGAGAAUCAGUUGGAGGAAUUCUUUUCUCAAAUUUCAUGAUCUAUGUCACAACUCUUGCAUCAACUGGACUUGCAUAGCCAUUUUCUUUUCUUUUGUAAGAUAAUAUGUAAUGAGUUCCAUGCUGCAUCAUAUUUGGAUUGUUUGUUGGCCAGCUACUGCCAUUGUCUGUAAAAUGUCUAACUGUACUAUCAUGAACGGUCAUGAUCGAACCCAAUCGAUAGGGUAUACCCUACCACAGCCGCUCCCAUAAAACAAUUCAUUCGGAAUGAACUGUUACUCGCCCCCAUUAAUUUUCAUCAGGUACUGGCUCUGAUGAAGUAACUAUGUGAAGUUCUACUAUUUGCUGUUCCAUUGGAAUGAGUUAAUAUGUUCCUUCUGGGGCCAAAAAAUGAAGUGAAAAGUCUCUUGGUA